AUGAAGGCAACCCGGCCACAGUUAUCUAAAAGCGACUUUGUCAAUCCGGGUGUACUGGAUGCAGUGAACCCACAUCCAGUUUGGGGCUACGCACACGGACCUAUUCCAAAUGACAACCCUGAUUUCAAACUAAAGCCGAACCAAAGUAAAUAUGUAUCGAGUCGCCAAGUCAGACUUGCUCUUGCUAGUACUAUUCAUGGGCCAAGAGCCUCUUUGGUCACCAUGAAUCGUUGCAACACCUUCGUCUGCGAUAUCUUGGUUCAAGACACUCAGAUGUGCGGGGCGACUUUCAAAAACUUACACCCUUUCUACAGUCAUCUCCGUAUAUACCAUACUGGUGCCACCAACCUACCACAUUACACCCGCCUGUCCAAUGAGGAAAAUACUGCUGGAGAUAACGCGAUAAAGCGUUGGGUGUUGAUGGGAGGCUGGCGGGAUGCCCUUUAUUCCAAGGAACCUAGCCAGGGGCAUAUUUCUGUCUCUCUGAUCGGCUACUAUUGUGAUACAUUGGAGGGAAUUGCGCGCACCGAUGCCCAGUUUGCUGCAGAGUACGGAACCCAAUUUCACCAACAGUUUCAAUCCAGAUACGUAAGUAUUCUUCUAAGAAUCCAAGAGAAGUAUGUUAACAAUAUUAAGCCCGGAAUCUAUCCUCCCAAUCCACCGAUGCCUUUGGUUGCACCGCCAACACCCCAUGGCAACGACUCUGGGAAACCCUCUAGAUGUGAACAGUCUACUCAAACUGAACCCAUCUCUGACAAUGACCCCGAUAUUAGCCCUGAUUUCACAUCUGGAUCUCGACCUGAUUGCGAGAUUGUGUCCAAGUCUGUGUCCGAGGUUGACUCCGAGCCCGAGGACCAAGAAGAGUGGCCGGUUGACGCUGUCACUGAUAUCUUUGCUGGGCUGUAUCUACCAUCAAGCAAAUUGGACGCGGCAUAUGGCCCUAUGUCCGAAGAAAUGAACUGA